AUGGCAGGUAGAGGUAUUAUUGUCUUCCCAUAAGGAGGUUAUUUAUAUGGACACUUUAAAAAUAAUUUAUUAGAAGGAAAAUCUAAAUUAGUUUUCCCAAAUUAAGAUGCUAUGUUUGUAUAUUGCAGCUAAGGAUUUUUUUAAGGUAAAGCAAUUAGAAAAUUCAAAGAUUCUUCGCAAUACAUCGAAUGCUUAUAUGAUAAAGGAAACAUGAUUUCUAUUAAUAGCAAAUUGACAAAAGAUUAAUUUAAGCAUAAAAAAAAACUAGAAUUUGAUGAAUUAAUAAAUAUGAAAGAAUUUUUCGAACAUUUAAACAAAUCAGACCAAAAUAGUUAAACUGUAACUAAAUUAAAUGAAGAUUAUGUAAAUUAAAAAUAUUAAAUUUCUUAAAAUUCAAUUAAUUAAAAAGGAUAUAUAUGA